UCGUCAGCGUGUCAGCGUCCAUCCUCCACCACGAACACUGCACCGGAGAGCGUCGAGAGAUAGUACGUGUGCCGCAAGGGAAAUGGCCGCCUUCAGUGACAAACCGAUUCGCGGGGUGGUGUUUGACCUAGACGGCACGCUGCUCGACACAGAGGAGCUUUCGUCGCAGUCGUUGCAGCAGAGCGUGGGCAAAUUUGGCAAGCAGUUCACGUGGGAAGUCAAGCAGAAGAUCCUCGGCCUGCGAAAGGAGUCGUGGGCGCCAAUUGUGAUCGCUGAGCUAGGAUUGGAGGGACAACUGUCCUGGGAGGACCUAGGAGCGCAGUGGGAGCACGACCUCCACGAGCUGAGCCCUCAGGUCAAGAAGUGCGACGGAGCCGAGGCCGUGACAAAACGCCUGAAGGACAUGGGCGUUCCCCAGGGUAUCGCAACCUCGAGCUCGAAAGCAGCGGUCAGCAUCAAGAGGCAGAACCACGAGGGGCUUUUCGAGCGGAUGGAGUGCGUGGUCACCGGCGACGAUCCUGAGGUGAUCGAGGGCAAGCCCGCCCCGGACAUCUACCUCGCCGCCGCGAGGCGCAUGGGGAUGAAGCCCCAAGAGUGUCUUGCCUUUGAGGACGCAUUGUCCGGCGUGAGGUCAGCGAAGGCCGCGGGCAUGCUCGUCGUCGCCGUCCCCGACCCUAGGUUAGAUAAGUCGCCGUUCUUGGAGGCCGGGGCGGACUUGCUGCUGGGGUCUCUGCGCGAGUGGGAUCCGUCGGCGUGGCGACUCGAGACCGACGCGGUGGCCGAAACAGAUGCUUGAGUCUGUCUGUCUGCCGUCGUUGUUUUCGCCGCGCAAGCGGCGUGCGGUCUAGAUUUGCUUGCCAAGAGAGUGGCGAGGUUCUCUGCAGUGUGGCCGUGUCAACCAUCAUCAUUUAGUCUCUUGUUUCCUCGUGAGGUGGGGUUACUUCUCCAUGGUGCGUGCUUGCGUCAGGCACCCCAAGGGGUGCAUGGUUUGCGAUUUUGACGUUGCGAGAGAAUAGUUUAGUGCUGUAACGUCUGCCUCGAUAAGCGGUGUCUACCGUAGACCUUCAAGUGGCUGCGGCCGGGGUGGAGUCGCCUGCGGGACGUCUUUUAUGCCGGGUGAGGCGGAGACGGGUUUCGUAUCUGCAAGCUUGCGACAGCAGUUGUGGUGAUAAAAGGCUUCGGAGUUUUGUGCCUACAAGAUCCACCACAGCGCUUGUAGCAAUGAGUGCAUUUUCGAGGGUUUAUGGUUUCUCGGGAAGCUUGGACUAACACACCUUUAUAUUUUGGCCGGUACACCCCCCGGAAAUAACAGCAUGCGGGGGGGGGGCUGGCUGCCUUUGCUGUCCAAGGAAUGCCCGAGGUUGCUGUUGUGCGGGAUCCCAGUACACUACACUGUGCGGGUUGCCUUGGAAUCAGCUACAUAUCAUUAUAGGAGAGUCAAUUGGGACCACCAGCUUGAGCUAGCGGGACAGAUUGAGGAGACAAAACGCGCACGAUGGAAAUGGAAAGAA